GCAUUUAUGCCGUCGACGGAACGCGGAGCAUUGAGCUUGUGGCCGAAGGGCGCAGCGAGCUUCGCCGGGACGAGGAAGCUGCCGAAAUCGCGGCAUUAUCAUCAUCACACAGGCCCCUUCUCGGCUUUCUUGUUGGACCAGCAACGUUCCCUUCUCCCCGUCGUGUUCCUCCCCACCUUCGUCCCCGUCCCGGCCCGGCCAGGCUCGACUGCCUGCCUGCCUGCCUGCCUGCCUGAAGGAGAGAGCGAGAGGUUUAGCGAGGCGAUUGGAGAUGUGAUUGGCGAGGAAGAUCCUGCGCAAAUUACACGUCUGACAGUUGCGAUCGGCGCCGGGAUGGCACUCUCAUCGUCCGCUUCUGCUGGCACCGGGGAAGGAGGGGGGAAGGGGGAGGUAGGGAGGGGGGCGGGGGGGGAGUUGACUAGACUUUUGCGGCUCCUGUAGAGCUGGUCUUGGCGCUCCGAGAGGAUGAGGAGGGCAGAUGAUGUUGAAAGCGAUGAGGUGGUCGUGCGCAGGAGGAGCUCUGCCCCGGCUCCAGCAUCAUCGUAGAAUGCGAGCGCGUCCCGUUCGGCUGCGCGUCGAGCUGAACUGGUCCGAGUGCGAGUGCGAGUGCCGAGAGCCGACGCUGUGUUCUGGUGUUCUGGCGCCUCUGUUUCUGCCGAGGCCUGAGAGCAAUUCGAGAUGUUGCGCGCAAUGAUGCUCGGUGCCGGUUUCUGGGGCUCUUGCUCUUGCGCUUGCGUUUGCGCGGAAGAGUGACUCACUCGCGGAGCACGUAGAAGCCGGCCACGCACAUUCCCUCUGGCUCUGGAAAAUGCGCUCUUGCUCUGCUCGCGGAAAGAAGUUCCGAUCGCGACCGCAGCGUCAGGAGCGGAGCGAAUGAGUUAUCCGACGAUGAUGUCGAAGGCGCUCGCGUUCACGGAGCUUCGAGAGAGCGGGGGGAGCCAGAACUUGAGAAAUGCGGGCGCGAAUAGCAAACCUCGGAAGGGAAAUGCGGACGAGUGUGAAGCAGAGGAGGGGCGUGUCGAGAGGUAGAGUCGUCAUCGGCAUCGUCUUCGUCGAACGAGGAAGAGGAAGAGGAAGAGGAGGAGGAGGAGGUUGUCUCUACGCGACUGGACAUUGGGCUCGGCCACGAUCAUCCGAGCGGGAUGGUGCGAUUCAUGAGGCGUCGCGGGGCAUGAUUUCGUCGUAGUCUUCCGAAGCCGCGUGUCGUCGACGACCCCGAGAGACAAGAUUAGGCGAUCACACCGGCACGCGCACGAUGGUCGCAAUCUACGAGUACCGCAUCCCGCUGCCGUUCACCAUCGAGGAGUAUGAAAUCGCGCAGCUGUACAUGGUGGCCAAGUACAGCGCGAGCGAGUCGACGGGCGACAACGGCGACGGGGUGGAGAUUCUGAAGAACGAACCGUUCGUGGAGAAGGAUCGACGCGGGCAGUACACGCACAAGGUCUACCACCUGGCCAGCAAGCUGCCGAGCUGGCUCGUGAGCCUGCUGCCGAAGAAGGCGCUGAUCCUCGAGGAAGAGGCAUGGAACGCGUACCCGCACUGCACCACGAUCCUCAAGUGCCCGUUCCUCAACAAGUUCAAGCUCAUCCUCGAUUCGACGCACGUUGCGGACCGCGGCACGAGCAGCAACGCGCUGAACCUGGAUCCCAAGACGUUGAAGAAGCGGCAGGUCGAGUACAUCGACAUCGCCAUGGACCAGCCCGAGCGUUACGUCGAGGAGGAGGACCCGACGCUGUUCGCGUCGAGGAAGACCGGCAGGGGCCCGCUGCGCGAGGGCUGGCAGCAGAAUUGCGAGCCGGUGAUGUGCGCCUACAAGUGCGUGACGGUGGACGUGCCGUACUGGGGGUUCGGGUCCAGGAUCGAGAAGUUCAUCUCGAAGAACGCGCAGCGCAAGAUCCUGCUCGAGGGCCACCGCAAGUGCUUCUGCUGGCUCGACGAGUGGUUCGGCCUCACGAUGGAGGACGUGCGCAGAAUGGAGUACGAAACGGCGGAGGCCAUCCGGCGCGCGCGAGCUCUCAUCCUCUCCCGCGCGCCGCCCGCCGACGACGACGACGAGCACGGCAUUGCGGACGACGACGCUCUCGGCAGUCCCGACCUCGUCGACGACUCCUCUGCCUCCGCUGCUGCAGGAGGGCAGUCUCAGCGAGGAAGCAAUCCCGGGACGCCUCGGCUCAGAGCGUCCCCGUCGAAUCGAUCGAGGGAAUUGACGUCGGUUCUCAGCAACAGGCGGAGGCCGAGUUUAAGCCUGGUCGGCCCGUCGUUCACCGUGGGAAUCACCACUCUGUCGGCCUCGGAGGUCGAUCAGGCCGGCGAAUUCUCGCUCGGAGGCUCCGCUCCUCCCAUGCCGACGCUUCCCGAGUGGAAGUCGUCCGAGAGGCAGAAGGAAUCUGCGGCCGCUGAGAAUGCCGCGCUCUCGAGGCAGACUGGCGCCUCGUGCGAGUCCUUCAAUGCCACCCAUCUGAACAGCGGCGAGUGGGACGAGCCUUACUACAAUUUGGAGGACCAGUCGAGCGCCGAGGUCUCCAAAUGCGUCGACGUGCUGGACCGAGUGAUCGCCUGGACCAAGGCCUUGAGACUGCGGAAGAGCGGCAAGAAUGGCACCUUCGGCACGGGCAUCGUCGCGCCCGUGGACGAGAAGAGCGGCGAGAUGGCCCCCGAGGAAAGAAACGGAAAUGCGCAGAGGGCCUCGGAGGCAGUGGAGCAGUACGUGGGCGUGUUGGAUUCCGCUCUGUCGGUCGUCAAAAGGAGGCCAUCGAAGAGCAAGCUCACAUAGUCGACACUCGAGCCCGUAUUGGCACAAGACUUUUCGCUGAGAAUAACCUCGAGAGAACGAGAGUUCGGUGCACCUACCGACCGGUCUGUGGGAUUGAGGCUUCGGACGAGCGGCUCCACGACGGGAUGGAUGGACCCGCGAGUUCUGCACUUUUGGCUCGGUACUCACCGCCGCAUCUACCGGAUUGCACAUCUGUGCGCUCCGAAUUGAAGACGGGAAAGCUGCGGGGAGGCUCAUUGUGCACUGGAGAAAUGUCGCGAGGAGCUCUAGGCUUCAGGCUUUUUUUUACAGCAUCGUAUACAGUACAGAUGAAAUGUCCUUUCUUUCGAGAGCUUGCUUUUGCUGUCGAGUGCAAGCUUGUCAAAUUGUCAGAUCCCAAGCAGAGACCUUCGUGAUCUCAUGCCCCCUCCCCCGCAAGUGCGCUGCUCUUGAUGCAUAAUCGCAUGAGGUGCACUCGGACAGAAGGUAAGCUUCACUUCUUGCUUCGGUGGAGGGAGAGUCCAACGCUACCAUGACUUUGAAAAUUGCCAAAAAUUGGUAUUGUACGUCAGGGCAGUAAGCUUUAUGACUAGGUCGCGUAGAUGUACCUUAUGAAUUGCCGCUGUGGGCCGUAGACAGCCCCGCAUUGUACCAUCCUCUGUCGCGCAAAGUUCGACACUUUCAAAUUCGAAUCGAAUUGUUCCGUGUAUGUGGAUGCAUGAUUAAGCGC